ACUCCGUCGUCUGUGGUGACUCCCGCUCUCCUCACUGCAAUGGGCCCGUAUGUUCCCGCAGGCCAGUCGCCGCCCUUCGAGGUCGUCGAUGAUAUGCACCAUGGCGCGUGGGUGAUAAUCACUGCUGCUAUGGGGCUGGUUGUCUCCCUGGCGUGUUUCUUGAUUCGGCUGUACGUGCGGCUUAUGCUGAUCCCGCCGUUUGCGCGCGAUGAUUGGGUCUUGUUGGGUGCUACGAGUAUCGCCGUGGUGCAAUCAAGUCUCAUUUUUUAUGCGUGCUCGCGUGGAUUCGGGACUUCUAUAUCGUUAUUGAAGGAUGGUCGACUCGAUCAGAUUCAGGCUACCCAAACUGACCAGCUACUCAAGUUACUUGCAAUAAGUGAUAUUAUCGCGCUGAUAAUUAUCUACCUCUCCAAAUGCUGCGUAGUGGCUAUCUAUCUCCGCCUCACGCCGCAGAAACCACAUAACCGUGCAUCUUGGGCAACACUAGCUCUGUGCACUGCCUGGAUAAUCCCGGCUAUAUUCAUUGUCCUAGUCAACUGUGAGCUAAAUACGCCUUGGCGAAGUGACAGUAGCCAAUGCAAUAACUUGUACAUACGGUGGCAAUUCAUUGCAGCAGUCGACGUUAUAACCGAGCUCCUUCUCUUCCUUCUAGCUGUAAUCCUCCUAAAAGGCCUCUUCAUGUCCGUUCGCCGCAAACUAACUGUCGGUCUCGCAUUUAUAUUCCGUUUUCCCCUCAUAAUCUUCUCACUAGUCCACAUAUCAACUCUCCACACAGCCCUAAACAGCCAAGACACAACCCUCGCCGCCGUCAAACCAACAGUCUGGAUGCAAGUCGAGCUUCAUUACGCCCUAGUCGCAUGUAGUGUAUUCUGUCUGCGACCCUUCAUGGCAGCCGUCAGCACAAACUACGGUACGGCGGGCGACUCGACGCUGGAAAGUAGCGCGUCGCGAUCGCGAUCAAACGGUACGAAAGAAGACUCCAAGACCGGGUCUGGCUCAAAUUCAAAUAUCGCUUCGAGAUCAAUGUCGCAUUCUCGCAGAAACAGGAAAAGAGCAGGUACGGGGCCAUGGCCGCCGCUAUCUUAUCCGCCCGUUAGUGGCUCUGGUUCUGGUCCUGGUGCUAUUUCCAGUCCAUCAGAGAACCAGGCUCCCAUGCUGGAUCCUACGUUGCGCCUUGAUACUAGCCCUCAUGCGCAUGGAGCGCUUAGAAAUGACCAAAUGGACAGAGAUAGUGGUAAAUCGGAUACAGUGCGUGCGCCAACGCGUCGGUCGAUGUUCCCGCUCAGCGCGCCACGCAAGAAACAUAGCUCUCAGAAGAUGGAAAAGGGGAAGCAUGGAGUAAGGGCUGGAUCUGUGGGCCCGUUUGCUAUGGCGUCGGAUUUGAUUGAGCUUGUGCCGAGGCCGCAUAUUCGGCAUGCGAGUGGUAUGAGUGAGCGAGGGGCUGGGGAAGAGGCGGAUAAGAUGGUUAUUCAUAAGGAGGUUAGGUACUCGAUUCAAUAUGAGGAUGAGGCGGAGAUAAGGAGGCGGGAGGAUUUGACGAUUAAUUCUGUUGAUGUUUCUGCUUAUGUAUAA